AUGCUAGCUAAGACUUUAUUAGAGAAUCUUGAGAAACGUUUAAAACAUCUGGAAUUAUUAAUGAGCUUUUUUGAUCCCAAUCGAAUGAAGUACCUACGUGAAAUGGAAACUCGACUGUUAGAAUCAAAUGCAUAUUAUGAGCUUUAUAAUGAGUAUAAGAACAUCAUUCAAUCAACUAUUACUUGUUCAGAGAAAAGAACUCUUAUUUUUGAACCUGAACUAUCAAACAUGGAAGCACUCUUAAAUUUCUGCAAUGACACCAAGAAAAUUGCCAGUUAUGACCAAAGAAGGUUUGCUAAAGAUUUCUUGCUUUUUUUAAACGAACACAGAGUCGCCUUAAAACAGUUUACACACCUUCAGCAGCUUUUAAACGAACAUCACGAAUUACUUAAACGAACAGUUCGUUUAAUACUUUUUCACUAUAUUGAACCAAUGUUACUUCAAAAUCACGUACUAGUAGAUCUUCGUUUGCGACUGCGAAUAUUAGAGAGGAAAGUUGCUAACGAGACUCCACACUACCCAUAA